CACGCCUGUCCUAAGCAUUUGACUCUCUUGUUGCUUUUACCAUUUGAUAGGGGAUGUCAAUGACAGGAGACGUUGUCAUGGAUGAAUUUUCAGCAACAAUGGGAGUGACUAUGUUGGAAGAUCUACUGUGUUGUGUUCUGUAAGAUGCUUGGCUAUAUUGCUGUUUGGAGCCAGUACUUUCACCACUGAGGGAAGCAGUCAUCACUCACAGAUGCAGCUUCAUCCAGCUUAAUGUAUGACCAUGGAUCAUGACGAGGUGCUGACGGAGCUCGACCGGAUUUCUAUGCGGCUUCAGGAAGAUGGUUUGCCUCCAGCUUCCAGUCCUGAUGAGCGGCAGCGUCACCUGUGGCGGCAGCUGCUCAACAGUGAGACAAAGUUUCAGUCCGCCACCCAGGAGCUGCACACUGUACGUACCCAGCAGGCCAAUGAGAUGAAGGAGGUGGAGAGCUAUGUUGCACAUAUUCGUGGGCUGCUGCAGCAGCGUGAGUGUCUGACUGCGGGCUAUGAAAGAGACAAUGAACAACUGCGACAAGAACUUCACCAGAUCAGACAACAGCAAGAGAGCCAGAGCAAAGAGCUGGCGGAGAUGUUGGCCCAGGAGGACCUUGGGGAGAUGGGCUUGAGCACCCCCAGUGAGCAGGUGGCUUACUUGCUGGUGGAGAGGGCCACACUGCUGGAGAGGCUGGAAGCUGCUGAGAGGAGGAUGGACAGUCACAGCCUCUCUGACAACUUGAGGGAGGUCCACCUCCAGGGUUCAUCUCAGAGUCCAUGGAAGAAGCUGUUUGGGCUGCGCAGGUCUGGUCAGAGCAAACACAAUAUUACCCCUGCCCACAGUGAAGAGAUUUCCCAUGAGCGAAGUGAGCGCCAGAGGUUGGAGCGGGACUUGGAAGAGGCGUCUAGCAGGCUGGAGAUGGCUCAUCAGGAUAUCCGAAGACUCAACAAUGAGCUGGAUGUUGCUAAAAAUAACAACCUAGACCCAAGUGAUAUGUUGAAGCUGCAGAGAGCCAAAGAGCAAAAUGACAGACUGGAUGCAGAGAACAGAGCUCUGAGGGAGAGAGUGCGCUUUAUAGAGUCUGAGAAGAACAAUCUCCUUGACCAGUUGGCAAGGAAUGAUAUAGACAAAGAUGUUGCUGCCAAAGAAGAUCGAAAAGACAAGAACAUUAGCAGUGAUCCACAAAAUGAUCUGUCAGCUACAGAAAAGGAUCUCAUUCACAAACGAUGUCGUGCAGCCAUGGAAGACAGGCUUGUACAAGUGAGGGAGCUGGAACGGCAACUCCUGAGGCUACGCAAGGAACAGGAGGAGCUGGAAGAGAGGAACGAGGAGCUGGAGUCCCUGCUGGGGGAGACUCAGAAUGCCAGCAAGGAGGAGAGACAUCGCCAUGAGGGAGAACUGGAGGGACUGCACAGGAGGAUCAAAAGCCUGGAGGGAGAGCUGAAGAAGCAGGAUACCCAGGAAAAACUGUUAAAGAACGGAGAAGAGGUCAAAACCACUGAGUCCUACUUACAGCUGCACCUAAGGGACAGCAGCCAGGAGAGACUGGCUCUGUUAGAAGCUCGUCUGACUGAGGAGAAGGAGUGGAGGAAACAGCUGGAGGUGGACCUCAGUGCUGCCCAGGCCGCACUUAAAAAAGACAAGGAGGCUUUGCAGAUAGGUGAGCGAGAGCUGAAGAAGCUGAGACUUGAGGUCAACAGUAUUCAGACAGAGUGCCAACAAGGGAAAACACUCAUCAAGAGUCUCAACCAAGUCAAGGUGGAAAAGGCCACUCUGGAGGAAAAGGUAGCUCAGAUGGAGCGCGCCCACCGCCGACUCCAGAGUGAAGUAGAGCACUACAAGGACAGUAACCGGACCCAGGAGGACCUGCGGGAAAACCAGUUGCAGGUUGACCAUCUGCAGGACCAGGCUGACCGGCUAACCGUGGAACUCAGCAGCCUCCAGACAGCACACAACACACUUAGGGAGGAAAUGGUUUCUGAGCGGCUGCAGACUGCUGAGCUCCAGGCCAAACUGAGCAGCAGUCUCCAGGAGAAGCUAGUGGCUGAGGGGGAAAGAGAGAGACUUCAGCUCGAGAUACAACGGCUCAAGGGGCAGCUCCAGUGGCAUCAAGAGCAGCUCUCCUCGACAAAGGAAGCACUUAGAAACCAAAAGUCGGACUUGCUCACAACUCACACAGAGUCUAGGCUUAGUCCAGUGGAGAGGACUAAAGAUGAGUGCAUGGAUCAGCUUUCAUGUCUGAAGCGGGAGCUGAAUCAUCUGCAGACCAAGCUGGGGGAGGAGCGGCAGCUGGCCUCUCAGCACCAACUGGCUUUGCAGGCUCAGAUCAAUGAAGGCCAGGCACGAAUCAAGUCCCAGGACUUAGUGAUGAGCCAGAAGGCAGAGGAGGCUAAACAGAUGAAGCAGGACCUGCAGAGGGUGCAGAGCCUGUUCACCUCAGCAGAGAGAGAGCUGCGCUAUGAGAAGGAGAAGAACAUGGACAUGAAGAGACACAACACCCUGCUGGACCAGGAAAAACUCAAACUUUGUGCAGAGCUGAAGCAGGUUCAGACCAAGCUGGUCCAGUUGGACCAGAGCGUCCACAUUCAGACAGCUGAUUCUGAACAUCAGCAGCAAAGAAUCAGGGAACUGGAGCUGGAUCUGGCACGCAACUCCACAAACCGCAGCACCACUACCAGUCUGCAGGAGGACUUACAGUCUGAGAGGGCACGGCUCAUUGCUGCUGACAAGAAGGUGUUGGAGCUGCAACAGCAGCUUAAGAAUGCCCAGCACCAGCUGCGCAUGGAGGAAGCUCGGGCUGGUGAGAGCAGCCGCCUGGAGAGGGACAGCAGGGAUCUGUCUGACACCCUGUCAGCCCUGAGAGCCCAGCAGCAGGAGGAGCACAUCACCAGGAAGCUGUUAGAGCAGCGUGAGGAAGAGCUGCAGCAGCAGGUGCGCUCCCUGAGGCUGAAGGAGGGGUCUCUGACCAGGACAAAUGCAGAGCUCAGUCACCGUGCCCAGCAGCUGGACACCCGUCUAUCCAUCCUGGAGGCUGAGCUUAACAAGACCAGAGAGGAGGCGAGAGACAGCCAGACAUCAAGCCACAGACUGAAGGAGGACCUGGCAGCCAGUCAGCAGGAGUAUGACAGACUGCAGGCCGAGCUGCAGCAGAUUCUCUUCCAACUGGACACACACGUCAGGAAGUACAAUGAAAAGCAGAGUCAGCACAAGACUAAGCUGCGUCAGGUUAAGCAGGCCUUUCUCAAAGCCACUACACAAAGGGACAGCACCAUUCAGAAACUGGAGAACGACCUGAUGCUGGCCUCUAGCAUCACACACAAGGAGAAGGAGAGGGUCCAUAAAGUGGUGGAGGAAAAUGAGAAGCUGUUGGAGGAGAAGAGGGUGUUGUCGCUGAAGAUAAGUGAGGCAGAGGAAAUGGGCAGCAAUGGCAUGAGGGCCGCAUCCACAGCUCAACACAGGGUCAAGGUUUUAGAAGUGGAAAACAGACAACUACAGGAUCGAACGCUGAAGCUGUCCAAUCAAGUCAGUUCCUUAGACCGCACCCUGAGGAACAUUCAGUCGUUCUACACCCUGGAGAAUGCCAACAAAGUGCUCCCCUCUGAAAGCCUCUGUGACGGCAUCCUGCAUACAUCCACGCUAAGUCUGACAUCAGGUUCGUGCGACCCACUGGACAUCCUGGACGCAAUCUGCCGUGUGAAGGUUGCCGAUCGUGCAGUGGUGGACAGCACUCGAGCAUCUGUGUCCGCACAACAGCCAUCAGAGCAGGGCUACCUGAAUGUCACCUCCCCAUUUGUUCCUCCAGACACCAAAGGCACAGAAGGGAACGCUAAUAACAGUGAUGAGGUAUGAGAGGAUGAGUUGGUAGUACUGCAACAUCCGUCACCUCCACAGGAGACAAAAAUCAGAACAAAGGAGUGAAAGGAUAUGUAGGCUGCUAAUAAUCCUUGAAAAAAAAGAAUAAUAAUACAAAGGGGGCUUCCACUGCAGUUCUGCUCAGGGUGAUAUCUGUGUUUUGGGGGAUUUGUAAAAAAGAUUCAAUCAAAUACUUUUAUGACAUAUUUAAAGGAAACAGGAUGCCCUGAUCAGUCCUUAGUUUUGGAAGCUAAAAAUGUGGCACAAUCAUGUUUGUAUGUACGAAGCUUGUGACUGAGUAGUUGAUCGAUUGUUUGCAUCACUUUACUAAAGCUAAAGCUUGAAAGCUUAUGGGAAAGAUUUUUAUUGUUUUUUUCUAUCUAAUGUUACAUGAUAGGACAAUGUAUAUCACGCCAGUGCAGUAAAUGUCAAGAAGACAUUUCAUGAGUAAGAUUUGACUAGUUUAAACUGAGCACUUUAUAACAAGUUUUACUUGUGACUUUGUUUACAUUCAGGAAAAUGUAGCAGAGGAAUUCAAAAGUGGGAUAUCAAUGGUGCGCCUUUCCCCCCCAGUUAAAUGUAUAGCUUGACAGUCUUUUCUAUGAAAAAAAAUGUCUAUGGUAUUGUAUGUUUAUGGAUUUUUUUUUUUAAGUAAAACAAAUCUCAAACCAUCAAACAACAUUUUUAUAAAUCCAUGCUGAUAUAUCAAACAUUGAUAAUGUGUGAAGACUGUGGUAAACUAGGCCACAGUGUAAAUAUUGGGCUCUUCUCUGAGAUCAGAGAUGAGGUCACUCCUUAAGCCCCUCCAGUGUUUAAUAACAAUAAUAAUAAUACUAAUAGUAAUAAUAAUACAUUUCAUUUGUACUGCACUUUUUAUUCAAAGUGAAAUACAAAGUGCUGCAGUAUUAAUGACAUAGAACACACAGCAUAAACAAAAUAGUAAUAAGAGUUCAAAUGAAAAAGGCCUUCUCGAAUAAAAAAAGACUGGUGUCUGUGCUGCCCUCCGAUGGUGUCUGAGAGGCUGUACCACAAGUGUGGUAUAACAGAGCAAUGAGGAGCAAGCUGCUGGAUGGGCACUAGGUGCAGAUAGAAGUUUGUGUUUCGAUCUUUUUUUUUUUUACAUUGGUCAACCUCAAUAGUUUAUUCCAGGCAGGCUCAAUCAGAAAAUAUUUUAGCCAUAAAGAGAGUUAGUGGAGAGAGAUGUUUGUUUUGUUACAUGGGAUUAAAUGCACUCUAUUUCAUACCACUGUUAUAAUUUUGCAUUAAUAGUUAUACACUGUGGAAAUUAUUGUAUACUUUGUCUUCGAUGUGCCUGAAAUGAUGAAGUGUUUAACUUUGUCUUGCUGCUGCGUGAAUAAGUCAAUUAAUAAAAGCCUAUUUGCGAGAC